UCCAGGCCGGGUAGAAUCCCAGCAACAACGCCGCGAUCGGUUUAAGAUUGGGCUUGCAAUCGCCAUCCAUCCUUUGAAUUUACAACAUUUUGUGGAAAUAUAUCAGUCUCACUGACCAGAAGAUACACUAAGUCUUUGAAUCGAAUCAGAAAGCACUGGAAAGAGGCGCAAAGAAAAAUUUCCAUACUAGAUGACAUUACAUCGAAAUGUCCGAUCGUUUGGGGCAAAUAACCAAGUCCAAGGAUGGGAAAAGCAAGUAUUCCUCUCUCAGCCUAUUUGACAAGUACAAGGGAAAACCAAUAGAAACUCAAAAAAACGCAGUUCCGCGACAUGGCUUGCAGAGUCUUGGCAAAGUUGCCGCAGCCCGGCGCAUGCCCCCACCUGCUCACCUGCCGAGCUUGAAGUCCGAAAACAAAGGAAACGAUCCCAACGUGAUUAUUGUGCCGAAAGACGGUACAGGAUGGGCGAACAAGCAGGAACAACCCGAUCAAAAGAGUUCUAUUGCAUCGACACCACAGCUGCCGGAGUUGCAGCCACAGCUGGCUUUACAGAAAUCUGUCUCCAAUCUUCAGAAGCCGUCACCAAUAGCAAACCAGGAGAACGGAAACACAGGUGGACCAAAACAAUGGGCCCAGCUAAAUGGAAAGGCAGUAGAGCAAGAUGGUUUAAGGGUCUCAAACCGCCUUCAGCCCUUCUCUCACGAGGAAUUUCCCACGCUGAAGGCAGCUGGAGAACAGGACAGGGCUGGCAAGGAAAGAAGCGGCUUCGAUCCGUCGUAUGGGCCCGGACCAAGCCUCCGCCCCCAAAACGUGACGAGCUGGAGGGAAGGUGGUGGCAGGAACCUUCAGCCCUCGUCUCUGAGCCUCGGCCUGCCAGCAGAACCUGAGGGAAAACUCACUGCCCUGGGUGAGACUGGCAGCCCUCCCGCCACAUCUCACCCCCCCUCUGCCAUCAGCACAACCUCUAGUGUGGUGACGGCUCAGUCUCCAGUCCUUGAACCCAAGGAGCUUUCGCUGCGCCCCGCCCAGCCUGUCCGCAGAACAACCGUCCCGACUGCCCUGCAGUACCAGCUUCACCACACUUCCACUGCUGUCUACCAUGACAUGUUGCCUGCAUUUAUGUGCACUAAAGACACACGUGAAGCCCCAGGUACAGACCAUGUUCCCACCACUGUUGCAGCCCCAGCUCGAUUUGAGAGCAAACCCACCUUUAGACAGAACUUCCCUAAACCUGAACUUGUCAAUGGUGAUGUGAGAAGAGAGAAUCGCUUUGCCCGCGCUCCACCUCGUCAAUCUUCUCAGCCCAUCCGCAGGCCUGGUGAGAGACCGCAGCGCCCAGCCAUCAUUAAUCCAGACGAUCUGAAGGAUCUGGAUGAGCUUGACCAUGACUGCGAGGAUGGAUGGGCCGGACUUCACGAAGAAGUUGAUUAUGGUGAGAAGCUUAAGUUCAGUGAUGACGAAGAAGACCACACCGGUGAAAAAAGCAGGAUGCGUAGGACUGAAUGGGAGAGGGAGAGAGAGCUGCAGCGUGACUCUCUUAGUGCAGGCGAGGUGGCUUAUCCCCAGGAGGGCCCUGAGGAGAGCUAUUCCUACCAACAUCACCACCUCGAGCCUCCCAGAAAGACCAACGGCCGAUAUCUCCCCACGGACAUCCCGGCCCAGAAGAAAAUCCAAGGUGAGCCACUGGCUGACCAGGACGAUGCCCAGCGCCACCCCCAGGCUCCAGCUAGGGCCAAGUACGUGUCACCUGAGCUGUCGGAGGCUGUUGAGAGGGCACGCAAACGUCGGGAGGAGGAAGAGAAGCGUGCCCGUGAGGAACGACUGGCCGCCUGCGCUGAAAAACUGAAAAGGCUGGAUGAGAAGUUUGGGAAAAUUGAAAGGCAGACAUCAAGGACAGAAGAGGGCCAGAAAGAGGGAGAGGGCAAAGAAGUGCCAUUAUCCCCAGAAAGGGAACAGAGUAAAAGCCACCAUGAGACCUGGCAGUACAGCACAAAAGAGGGAAGCGAGGUUCCCCAAGACAACUCUCCUGUCCAGAGUUACCGCGAUGAACCUGCCCUCUCUAACUAUCGUGUCAGUGAGGAUGAUGUUCAGGAGCCCACCUCCCCCUCCUCCGGAGACUACAGCGGACGUCAACCCUCCAAACCCAUCCCACCCCGCUUUCAAAAGCAGCAGCAGCAGCAGCAGCCGCCGCCGCCGCCGCAGCACCAUCAGCAGCAGCAGGAACAAGUAUACAAGAUGCAGCACUGGCAGCAGUCCGGUCACCCUGCACCUUCUGGCUCGAGCCACAGCCAGCGGGGUUACUACCCCCCGCACGUCCUCGGGUUCGAUCCCCGCUGGAUGAUGAUGCCGCCUUUCAUGGAUCCCCGCAUGACCCAAGGACGAUCUCCUGUGGACUACUACCCCGGUGCCGUUCACUCUUCAGCAGGAAUGAUGAAACCAAUGAUGCACCAAGACCACCUGAACAGCCCUGGAUCCGAUGAGGGAUGCCAUCCUAACCUGCACCAAGAGAGAAGAGCCCCUUCCACUGAGCCUUACCCCAUGUGGAACCAAGAUGGCUACCCCUUGCGCAGCUUCACUCCACCUUACCAGAGACAGCAUGAUAGCUCAGAAAGUGGCCAGCCAGAUGACAGAAGUGAUAUGGGCGGCACCCAACAAGACUCUUAUGAAGAGAGGGCCAAUGAGGGCUUGACCCACCCCCAAGAUGAUAUCCCUCAUCAUGCUUACAAGAGCCGAGGCCCCGAAAGAGAACACCAACACCAGGACCAAGGCUUGCUGACCACCGCAAAGAACCACACCUUAAAUCAUGCAGAUGGUGAUUACCAACAACAAGACUCAAGAGAGAAGCACCUCAAAGACGGCUCUGAAUCUCGCGAUGAGACCUUAGAGGGCUCCAUGGACAACUGGAAAAGAGAUGGAAGUCAGAAACAAGACGGAGGACUCAACAGUGCUAAAAGCCAGUGGUCCGAAUCUGCUUCCAGUAGUAGUGUAAGCCAGCCGCCUGAAACCAGCGGGCGCACCUUGACUCGCAGAACUGGGCCCAUCAAGAAACCAGUACUAAAGGCUCUCAAAGUGGAAGACAAGGAGAAUGAGAAGCCUAAACCAGAGCCUGAGGAAAAACCUGUCCCCUACCGCCUGGAAAAAGAAGUCCUUACCAAUGUCUACGACUUAAAGAAAGACAACCAGCCUGCCAUCAACAGGCGGUCAGCCUCACCGGUUGUUGAGAAACAGCCAGAAGAGAGGCACCGUCAGUCACCAGCUCCCAUCAAAACAGAAAGACCUCUGAGCACACACAGUGAUGACUCUCCCAAGGAGAGCCCCUGGGACAGUGGCAAGAGCCAGUCACCUAAAGAUGUCAGCCAGGACUCCCAGGCACCACGGAGAAAUAAUUGGAUCUUCAUCGAUGAAGAACAGGCCUUUGGGGCAGUCAGGGGAACAGGGCGGGGCCGCAGUCGAGGCUUUAGGGAAUUUAACUUGAGAGGUGGAAGCCGUGGUGGCCGAGGCGGAGACAAUCUCAGAGGGGCCUAUAACAGCAAUAACAACAGCAGCGGCGGCGGCGCCCAGCGCACCGGCAGAGGCAGAGCAACACCUAGGGACAUGGUCAAGGUGGAGGAGUUCCAGAGGGGGAAGCCUCGCAGGAGAAAUGUAAGUGAGACCUUGAGCGAAACCUCUGAGUAUGAGGAGCUUCCCAAGAGGCACUGCGAGAAGGGAUCUGAAAAUGGAGAAGGUUACACAGAGUCUGGAGAAGUCCGAAAGGCUGAUCGAGACUCUUGGAGAUCUAACAAAAUCUACACAGAUGAACAGGCUGCCAUAGAUUCCAGAGACAAGGCCAAGGCCAGCAGGGGCUUUGGAGGUCGCACGCUGCCUCCCAGACUGAACACCACUGGAGGUUACAGUCGAGGCUUCGGAGGACCAAGGGAAAUGUCUACAUGGAGGGGCCGUGGGCCCCAGUUUAACAGCACUGGUGGCCCCAUGCAAGAAAAUGGUUAUGGUCCUGGAGCUGAGACGGCUUAUUCCCGCAGACCCCCUGUUGACCGUGAGACUCUGAAGUACCCUCCUAAACUCACUGGCUCCUUCAUGGAAAAUGGCACAGAGGAGCGUGAAGGAGAAUACUAUUUUGACAAUGAAAACCCUGACAGGCAGAUGUUAAGAAGACGUCGUCCACCCCGCCAAGACAAGCCUCCACGCUUCCGUCGUCUACAACAGGAACGCGAACCCGGCUCAAACCAGUGGACAAGUGAUGAGUACGUCAAUGGAGAGCUUUCAAACCCCUGGCCUAAUCGCCCAAAAGGCAGUGGGGAAGAAAACUGGCCCAGUGGCCAAUACUCUGGUGCACGCCCCGUCCAGCACGGUCAGACAGAGGAAUGGGAGACGGGAUCAGAAAACAGCGACAUUGGGGACUGGAGAGAGAAGCGAGGCGGAGCUGGAGGCGCUCCUACACAAGGACACGGUGAUAUUCCCUUAGACUCGGGCCACGGUGAACCAGGCUCUGGAGAAAAGAGGGAACUUUGCAAGAGAAGCUUCUCCAGCCAGAGACCACUGGUGGAGCGGCAGAACAGGAAAGGAGAGCCAUCACUGCUGGAAGCAAGCAAGAUGGUUCGUGCAUCUGAUAAUCCCCCCACCUCCUCCAACAGGAAUGACAGUUGGCAGAACGGAGGGAGUUCUUGUAAGAGCAGGAGCCCAGAUGAGUCGGUCUACAGCAUAGAGCAGCCAGACGAGAGGGAGCCCAUGGAGUCAUCAGGCUCCAAGGAGCUGAAGCAAGGACCGAUCAAAACAGACAUUGUCGAAUCUCUCUCCCAGUAUGAGCUCAGCAGCUACCAAGUUGAGAGCGAUUCUGGGAUCCAAAUGACAAAUUCAGAUGGAUACCAGGAUGCCUUGUCAAAAAAACAAAGACGCCCGCAGGAAGAUGAUAGAAGGAGGAAGGAACAGGCAGCUGCUGUGCCGGUGAAGAACAGGACAAUCGCUUCCAAGAUACCUCCACGCUUUGCCAAAAAGCAGGGCAGCCUGGGACUUGAACAACCUGAGGAAACACUUUCUUCCAACAACCUUGGAACUGAAAUCUGGGAGACCAACAGCUCAGCUCUUUCAGUACAGUCUUCAGGUGGAGACUCAUGGACUAAACAGGUGUCUUACACUGGGAGCGAGCCCAACUCUGAGGACUCUGAUGCUGGCCCCGAGCAGAACAAAGAACAGCACAAGCCCGGGCCCAUCGGAAACGAGCGCUCCCUGAAGCACCGCAAGGGAUCAGAAGGUGUCGAUCGGCUGGAAGGCGGCCCCAUCACUCCGGUCAACGGGGUGGACCUCCAUGUGGACACUGUGCUGCCUGGGCCUCCUAUUGAGUUUGGUGUCAGUGCCAAAGACUCUGAUUUCAGCCUGCCACCGGGAUCCACCCCAGUGCCCGUGUCCAACCCUGUCAACAAGCUUCAGGACGUACUCGCCACCCAUACUGCUCUUAAUCAGAGUAUCCCAAUGCUGCGUUCCAACCAUCUGCAGCCAGGCAUGAACCUCAACCCCAUCUCCUUCCCCAGUGCUGACCUCACUCUCAAGAUGGAGUCAGCACGUAAGGCGUGGGAGAACUCCCAGUCCCUCCCCGAGCAGGGCUCUCCGGGCGGAGGUGUUUCAGGUGUUCAGCCUCCUUGCAGCGUUGGCUCCUCCAGUGGGGUCAGCUACAGUUCCUUUGGAGGGGUUUCAAUGCCUCCGAUGCCUGUGGCUUCAGUAGCGCCUUCCAUGUCCAUGCAAGGUAAUCAUAUUCCCCCGUUGUAUCUGGACGGACAUGUUUUCCCUAGCCAGCCCCGCCUUGUACCUCCCAACAUGACCCAGCAGCAGUCCUACCAACAGGCGGCCGCAGCCCAGCAGAUCCCAAUGUCUUUGCACACGUCUCUUCAGGCUCAGGCUCAGUUGGGGCUUCGGGGGGGUCUCCCCGUCUCUCAGUCCCAAGAGAUGUUCAACUCUAUUCCCCCUUUCAGGUCCCAGGUCUACAUGCACCCCAACCUGUCCCAGCCCAGCCCCAUGGUGCUGUCGGGCGGGGGUCUGAAGGGGCCCUACUCUGCUUUCCCUGGCAUGCAGCCCUCAGACAUGGUGAAGACGCAGUCAGGCUCACACUACCAGCCUAUGAACGGCAGCCAGCAGCUGGUUUAUGAGAACCAGAUGAACCAGGGGCCUGGUAUGGGGUCUUCCCAGCUCAUGGACUCUCAGCUCAUCCAGGUGACCAUGCCCCUGCCUGGCUCUCAGCUGCGCUAUGGCUCCGCUCAGCAGCAUCUCAUCCUCCCUCAGUCCAUCCAGCUGCAGCAGGGACAGAACCUGUCUGUGGGGGGCCCGCGCCGAAUGAUGCCCCCCGGCUCCCAGCCUACAGUGAUGACUGGCAACAGAGAGUUGUCGUUCUCGUUCCCUUACUCUCAGGGAUCACAGAUGGAAAUGAAAGGCUUCCAGUUCGCUGAGAAGCCCAAUCAUUCCCAAGGCAUGUCCGGAGGCUCCUACAGGCCUGGGUCUGCCAGUCCCAGUGGGAAGCCCUCUGGUCCCGGGGGCCAAAUGGGCCCUCUGCCUACACAUUUUGCUCAACAGGUCCCAACUGCUCAGGGCAACAUGGUGAUGCACAUGCGGCCCCCCACCACUGGCCCUUUCCCCAACCCCAUACAGAGACCAGUCAUGCAGGUCAAUAAACCUGUCCUCAUCCGCCCCCCCCCUUACUCUAACCCUGGCCGUGACCUCUCCCACUCCACCCCUCCCUUGAUCCCUGAGCCCCAAAUGAAAGGGCCAGAGGAUGGCAUGAAGAAUAAAACCAUGCGAGAAGUGCGUAAGGCAGUGGGUGAGGGCAAGACACCAUCUGGGGGAAUGACCAGCAAACUCCAGGAGCCCCUCCCCCCCACGGGGCAAGCCAAACCAGCACGCACUGGAGCCAUCAAACCCCAGGCUGUUAAAGUAGAGGAGAGCAAGGCAUAACAAUGGACCUUAGAAUCCUCAUCAGCGCUCAGCCUGCCAACACAAGCCCCUCGACAUCGCCAGAGCCUCCUAUGACCCACCCUAUCCCGAGGCACCAUGGCAGGGGGUAUACAUGCAGACAUCAUAAUUCCCCUCUUGAACUGUCAGAACUGGACACUUAUUUCACACAACGUAUAGAGAUAUAUAAAUAUAUAUAAAUAUAUAUACAUAGACACACACAGUCUUUUAAGCAGAUCUCUUCAAGGUCCUCUUUAAUUUAUUAUUAGUCACUUUUAAGGGGAGAUUGGUAAAGAGAAAAGAUAUUUCUGUUUUUUUGUGUUUCUCUUCAAGGUGUGGAAAACAAAAAUGGCCGACUCAGAAAGAGAGCCCAUUUUUUCAUACCAUUUUUGCCAAACUGUAUUUACUCCCUCUUUAUGGACUGUAACCGUUAAGACCAGACAGACACUUGAUACAACUCACUAUGAGAAGCAAUGUCUGUUAACAUUUUAAACAAAUUUGAAAUGCAGUGGGGCACUUUUUGUCAUUUUUCAUUGGCGUUUUUGCUGGUUAAAAUAAUGUUCAUUCCUGCUUUGGUAAAGGACUUCUUUUUUUUAAAACCCCGAAAAAAAAAAAAUUGUGGACAUCAUUGCAUGUCACCAUGGCAAAAGCUUAAGUGCAUCACCCUAGAAAUGCAUCUUCUGGGGUUCCUCACCCUACACAUGAACUUUGGUGAAACUGCUUAGAUUGGUAGAAAUAAUUUCUUUUCUUAAAACUCUGUUCUUUGCUUUUACAUUCUGUCGCUCUCUUCUGUAUGUAAAUUGAAACUAAAAGGUGGACGUUUUACCAAAAUCAUGUUGCUUCCAUGGGAACUUCACUGGCUUUGAUACAGCGUGUGCAUGUGAUGUGCUGAACGUGUAAACUUGCGGGACUUGUUCUUAGAACAGAGCAACAUUUCACAAAGUGAUGAUUUUUACAUCCCUCAGUCUGGGGCGUUUAGCUUUCUUCUUUAUAAAGGCUCUUAAAAGACUUUAAUCUCUAAUUCCGUUAAAAUCCCACCUCACAGUGAUGUGGGGAUUUAUAAAUAAAUAUUCAUCACCAUUUGAUUAUAUUCAGCAUCUGGUCUCUGAGGUGGCACUAGCAAUAAAUGCAGCCUAACUAUAAUCACAAUCGGGGUCCAAAUAACACAUUUUCUUCUGUUAGAAGCUAAUGAUCACAAAUGAGGGGCGUAUAGCAUCGCUUGUUGAAUUAAAAUGAGAUAUUUGCUUACGCUUUUUUUGUGAACACUGCAGUUCCAGUGGCCUACGAAGGACUUUUAAAGUGUUGUUCUAUUUGAAAAUGUGAAGCUGUUGGAAUCAUUUAUUUUGUUCUUUUUGUAAUGGACACUCAUUUUGAAACUCACAAUGCCAAUGUCAUUACUGGUUAAAUGUUACUGCUUACCAUAACGCUCCACAACACUACAAAAUGUUGCAAUUUAUCUUUGACAGUGUUUCACUGGUAUGUAUGUAUAUGCAUUCUUAUCUGUACAGUUGAGCCUUGUCAGCGAGGGGAGUCAUAAACCCACAUUUCAUUUUAGAUAUUGUGACACUAUACAUGAUUUAACGUUGAUAAAGGUCACUGUGUUCAGAAUGGACUGCUUUCACUUGUUGAUAGGUUUAUCUGGCUUGGAGUGUUUUUGCUUCUUAUCCCUUACUGCAAAAGAUCUUGAUGCUUCUCAUCAUUGUACCCGCACCAAUAUGUUGCCCUGAACCUUUUUUUUUUGUUGUACUUUUAAGAUGCAUAUAUUUCCUUUUGUCAAAGGACCAGUGCUUUCGACAGCUGAUCCAGCAUUUUAUUUAUCCUACCUGAACUUUAUCCUUUCAGAUACUUGGUCAUUACUCUCCCUCGUUAAAAAAGAGCUUAUUGAAAGAAAAAGAAAUAAAGCAGUUGUGAUUUCUUAAAUGUACUGUUGAUUCUGUAUUCUCACUUUGUCAUAUUAAAAUCAUGCAUCAAAUGGGAAAA